GUCUGGCCCGGCCCGCCCGGCGCGGUUGGCGCAGGUCCCGCUCGACGGCGCGGAGGAUCUAAUCGCGGCGACCUGCUGGGAUUGCCGGAAGUGGCGUGCGGCGUCACUUCCUGCGAGGUGUGUAAGCGCCGCGGGCGGCCGGGGACGGCGAUCGGCGGGGGCUCGGCGGCGGGGAUGGCGCUGUGGCUCCCGCGCUCCCGGGACAGUGGCUCUCCGUCGGAGGAGGACGAGGAGCGGGGGCAGGCUCCCGCUUCCCCCCGGCUCCUGCCGGAAGUGCAGACAUACAGCCAAGGGGUUGAAUUAGCCUGCCAAAAAGAAAGAGAGUUUGUGAAGCACUCUGUAGAAUGCACGUGGAACCUAGCAGAAGCUCAGCAAAAACUUGGUAGCUUAGCACUGCAUAACUCAGAGUCCCGUGACCAGGAAUCUGCUCAAGCAAGGACUGAGGCUGCAGAGUUGCGAUGGAGAGAGGAACAGUGGAGAAGAAAAGAAGAAGCACUAAACCAGAGGGAAAGACAGAAUCUGUGGAACACAGAUCCAGUCAGUAAGGAGGUGUUUAAUAAGAGUUUUAUUAAUCAAAAAAGAAAAGAGAUAGAAGAUGAAGAAGUGUCUGAACCACUUAUGCAAAAACAUGAACAAAAGAUUAGACACUUUGGUAUGCUGAGCAGAUGGGAUGAUAGUCAAAGAUUUUUGUCUGAUCACCCAUAUCUUGUAUGUGAAGAAACAGCUAGAUAUCUCAUGCUGUGGUGUUUUAAUCUAGAAGCUGAACAGAAAGGAGCACUGAUGGAGCAAGUAGCACACCAAGCAGUUGUAAUGCAGUUUAUUAUAGAAAUUGCCAAAAGCUGCAAUGUGGAUCCAAGAGGCUGUUUCCGUCUCUUUUUCCAAAACGCCAAAACGGGAGAAGGCUAUUUUGAGGCUUUUAAAAAUGAACUCGAGGCAUUCAAGACAAGAGUGAGAAUCUGGUCACAGUCGCAUGGCUUUCAAACUAGGUUACUACACGAUCUCCGUGUCAAUCCUGGUCUUGUUGGAGACCUGACAUCUUUUUCACAGAAUGCAGGUGAUCUACAAGGCUCCAUAAACACAGAUGUCAGCGGUUUAAACUCCGUGAUACAAAGAGAUGAAGAGGAAUCCAAAAUGAUGGAUACAGUAUAGUACUCUUAAGACUGAAGCCAAGUAUUUCCUUUUUUUUUCCCUUUUUUUUUUUUUCCUCUUCAAAGAAACAAACAUGGCUAUUUUCUUGACACUUAUUUUUCUGGGUACU